AUCCUAAAGGAUUCACAGUUCAAAAAUUCCAUCUUCAAUUUACAAGUCUUUUUGGACACUCUUUCCCUAAUUUCAACACAUACAACAAUGGGUUUUCGUUUGCCUGGUAUCAGAAAGGCAUCAGUUUCUGCAAAGCAAGCAUCUUCGAAAGCUGUGGAUGUGGAAAAGGGCUACCUUGCAGUCUAUGUCGGAGAGAAAAUGAGGCGGUUUGUGAUCCCCAUAUCUUACUUGAACAAACCCUCAUUCCAGGACUUGUUAAGUCAGGCUGAGGAAGAGUUUGGAUAUCAUCAUCCCAACGGUGGCCUCACAAUUCCUUGCAGUGAAGAUGUCUUCCAACAUAUAACUUCUUUCUUGAAUUAAUAAAUGUCAAUUUAGGAGGCUGCAUAGAUUAGCGAAGAAAUUUUGUACAAUAGGCGUCUUCUCAACUUGUAAAGAUCUUCCUUUUUUGAGAAAGAGGGAAAACAAAGAUUAUAGAAUGACAAAAGUCAGUAUUUCGUUA